AGUUCCCGCCCUGCCCUGCGCUGGCUUUGGCUGGCGGGAAAUGCGGGCGGUCGGGUCUCGGCUGUGUCUGUGAGUCUCCUGGCCUGUAAUUCCCGCGCUGGGCGACGGAACUGAGACUUCGCGAUCACCUCGUCGUUUCCCCAUCCCGAAUCUCCGGAAACGAGGCGGCGACGCGUUCGCCACGCCGACGAGCAGCUGAAAGGCCCAAGUUGUGCGGGUCCCGCGCGGGAAGCCGGUUUGCAGGCAGGGUGAAGUAAUCAUGCAGGCAUUUCUAAAAGGAACAUCGAUCAGUACGAAACCACUGUCAACCAAGGAUCAAGGAAUCACUGCCACUGCAGGAAGCAGUGGAGAGAACAAGAAAGUCAAACCUGUUCCAUGGGUGGAAAAAUACCGCCCAAAAUGUGUGGAUGAAGUUGCUUUCCAAGAAGAAGUAGUUGCAGUGCUGAAAAAAUCUUUAGAAGGAGCUGACCUUCCUAAUCUCUUGUUUUAUGGGCCACCUGGAACUGGAAAGACAUCUACUAUUUUGGCAGCAGCUCGAGAACUCUUUGGGCCUGAACUGUUUCGAUCAAGAGUUCUUGAGUUAAAUGCAUCUGAUGAACGUGGAAUACAAGUAGUUCGAGAGAAAGUGAAAAAUUUUGCUCAGUUAGCUGUAUCAGGAAGUCGUUCAGAUGGGAAGCCAUGUCCUCCUUUUAAGAUUGUGAUUUUGGAUGAAGCAGACUCUAUGACCUCGGCUGCUCAGGCAGCUCUAAGACGCACCAUGGAGAAGGAGUCGAAAACCACACGAUUCUGCCUCAUCUGUAACUAUGUCACUCGAAUAAUUGAACCAUUGACCUCUAGAUGUUCAAAGUUCCGCUUCAAGCCUCUCUCAGAUAAAAUUCAACAGCAACGGUUAUUAGACAUUGCUGAGAAGGAAAAUGUCAAAAUUAGCAAUGAGGGAAUAGCUUAUCUUGUUAAAGUGUCAGAAGGAGACUUAAGGAAAGCCAUUACAUUUCUUCAGAGUGCUACUCGAUUAACAGGUGGAAAGGAAGUCAUGGAAAAAGUGAUCACAGACAUUGCUGGGGUAAUACCAGCUGAGACAAUUGAUGGAGUAUUUGCUGCAUGUCAGAGUGGCUCUUUUGACAAACUGGAAGCUGUUGUGAAGAACUUAAUAAAUGAAGGUCAUGCAGCAACUCAGCUUAUAAAUCAAGUUCAUGAUGCAAUUGUAGAGAAUGAUAACCUUUCCGAUAAACAGAAAUCUAUUAUGACAGAGAAACUUGCUGAAGCUGAUAAAUGCUUAGCAGAUGGUGCUGAUGAACACCUGCAAUUGAUAAGCCUUUGUGCAAUUGUGAUGCAGCAACUAACUCAGAAUUGUUAAGUCUGAAAACUGACCAAAAGCUCACAAGAAAUGCUUUGUAAAAUACAGGUUGUGAAAAUAAAAAUGACCAAACUACCUUUAAA